AUGUUUGUCUUAAAAAUUGGAUUCCCCAAACUCGAAAUGGGAAGAAGCAGCAGGAAGGGAACUUUUUUCUUCAACACUGCAAGUGAGUCAAAUGUCAAAUUUGGAAGAAAGUCUGGGGACACAAAUGAGAAAUGCGGAAAUGAACCCCAUUUUGAGGGGAAAAUUCCCCCCAACUUUGAAAAUUUAAAUUUACAAAAUUUAAAUAACAGGGAAGUGAUAUACUACCUAGGAUACUGCAGCAAAAAUAAGUUACUAAAAUUGGACCUCUUAAAUUCGACGAUGAAAGAAUUGCACAGCUUAGUGUUAAAUAGCGUUAACUGCAUUUCUACUGAUUUUCACCAAAAUAAAAAAAAUAUAUUAAAUCCAAAGUGUUACCAGGAGGGGGUGAAAAACGUCCCAAAGAAACCCUUUUUCGACAUUCACGAUUUGGUAAAGGUUUAUUUAAACAUUUGUUACAUUAAUUCAUAUUUUUUUUUGAAGACAAAACGGGAAAAGCAUGGCGACAGCGGUUGUGUAGUUUUUCUCCAAAGUUGUGGCCUUAAAGAUGGCACUACAAAUGGAUACCAGUCAAUCAAAAAGGAGGCACCCUUAAAUGAGAAAAAAAAUGUGAAGAAGUGUCAAGGAAGCGCACGGAAUGGAAACGACGACGUAGAGAACUUCCCCCCAAAAGACAACAAAUUUAUUUACACCAAUACUGAGAACAGGAACGUGGAAGCGUCUACUCAGUUUGUGUGCAACGAACAUGUAAAAAAUAUAUUUCAUGUGUUAUCCAUUUUUUUUCUUCAAAAUGUGAACAUUCUGAAUGACCAUUAUUUGUGUCGAAUUUUUUACGGGUACAAUAAAAGCAAAUUUGUGAAUGAGCGAUAUUUGAACAAUUUAAGUUUUGAGAUUAUCAAAAGGAUAAAAAAAAUCAGGACAUACCAUUUGUAUUUAAUACUGAUGAAUUCGCACUAUCUCACUUAUGUGGACAAAACUUUUGUAAAAAUUUUACUUAUUCAUAUUGUUAAUAAACUUUCCCAAUUGCCCUGUGAAGCCAUGUGCCAAGUUUUACCUGUCGUCCCCUUAUUCAUUCACUCGGAAAAACUUACCUACAAAAUUAAUGUCAUAUAUGCCAAGAAAAUUGCCAGCUUUAAUCAAGUCAGCCAUGCUGUUAGCUUGUUUAAAAAAAUGGUACAGUGGAAAAUGAUAUCCCAGAAAAAUAUUUUCCUCAGCUUUAGCCAUUUAAACAGGUUUAUGAAAGUCAGAAAGGGGCCCUUCAAGGCGGAUGUCCAAAGGGGAACUUCCCUCCAUCGUGGGAAAGCAAAAGAAGGGGGAAUAACCCCCGAGCCGCCCUCCCAGACGCCGCAAGACGAACAAAUGAUAAACAACGUAGUGACAAAGUUUGACCCAUUUGACGGGAGGGUCACACGUUACGAUGAUAUAAAAUUUCCAGUAGGAAAUACCUCAAGGGGGGGAAGCAACCCUUCAGAGGAUUACCCCAAUGGUGGAGGGCCCCCUCAGAAGGGCAGUGGCAGUGCAGCGUCGGCGGGGGGAUUUUCUCCCCCGGCGGAGGAAACGUUUUCAUUUGAACAGGAGCUGAUGAGGUGUAGCGCAACUGCCCCCAGGGAAAAGAACCCCGGCGUAAAAUUUGGAAGAGAAAGCUUUGGAAGAAAAAGCUCUGGAAGUGAAAACCCCCGCGAGGACGCGGCGCGAACGCACGAGGGGGACAACCUCCUCUUCAACCUGAAACUGAUCGAAAUGCACCUGAGACACGACUUCAAAAAUAUAUACUGCCUCCUCCCGAGUGAUUACAAAAACUUCCUUCAAAAAAUUAGGACCCUUCCAUGUAGCGUUAAGAAAAAUAUGCAAGGAGAAAAAGAAAUUUACAUUUUAAAGAAAUAUAUGAAAAUGCUAAAUUAUGAAUUUAUUACAUUUUGCCAUGGCCCCUACGUGCUGCAUAUUUGUGACCCCUUUUACAAAAUUUACCUGGAGUGGGAAAAUGGAUGGAAAUUAUAUCCACUGUAUCAGCAAAAUGCGGAAAGAAAUUUCCGAGAAAGUAAAAUCAGUCACCUGAGAAAGGAAGGGUUUAGCGAAAUUCUCAUUUGCCAUGAUGCCUUUGCGAAUUGUCCAAGUGAGGAAGAAAAAAUGAACUAUCUCAGCUCCGUUUUGCAGCACACAAAAUUUUCCAAGUGUAGCCCCACCAUUUGUGGGGCAGCCGCGGUUGCGCCCCCGCCCGUGGUGUCUCAGGAGAUUUACCUCUGA